AUGGGGAAGAGAGGGAGAACAAGAAAAGAUGAAGCCCAAAAGAAUACAAGUGUUGAAGGUGCCACCCCUUCUCAAGAAUCUCAACAGCAAGAAGCAGUAGCUUCUCUAAGCAGUGGAAGAGUGUUGAGGAUGAAACAAGAACCCAAACUAGACGAUGGUUCAGCUCUAUCGCCGCCUCCGGGAGUUGCGCCACCAGAUACUUCACCUUCCUCUCCCAGGUAUCAAACUCGAAUGUCUUUAAGGGCAUUACUUGGUCGGUGUGAGUCUAAUACUGUAACACCAACGUCUCCAAUUCGACAUGUUAAGUCGUCUUAUCCUUCAUGUGCUAUUUGUGACUCUCCCGCUCAUCUUACCACUGGAAUUUCUGUAGCAACAAAAGAAAAGGUUGAUGGCUCCACGCGUACAGAACUUAACCAUCACUCUGUUCUAACUAACCAUGGUGUCUUGAGAGUGGAAAAUCGGAAAUCAAGGCAACACACUCAAACAACACCUUCUUUCCCUGAAGUUGUGGAUGAGAAAAAUACAACAGUAAGUAAGGCUGAUGUGGUGUUAAAUGCUAAUGCCACAGAACUGGAAACCAAGUGUGACCAGAGUGGUGCACUUCCAACAAAAGGGAGGGUGGUUGAUCUCAACUUCACAAGGGUAGCUGCACUGAUGACCGACUAUUCUUCUUAUGCUGACAAGGUUGAAUCAAAACCUGGUCACCUAUCAGUCAUGGUGGAUGGAUAUAGAGUUAAGGAGGAAGCAGCACCUAUCCUCCAGAAGAUCUUCCUUAAGUACGGAGAUAUUGCAAUGAAUAGCUCUUUCUCGUCAGUGACUUUUUCUUCAUCACUCCUGGAGUUUGUUUGCGACAUAUAUAACAAAUUGGAGGCAACAAAUUUUCUAAGCAUAACCUCCACAGAGCUCCAAUCUAUGAUUGCUGAAGUUAAAGAUCUUGAGUCUGUCAAAGUAGACGUUGGGUGGCUCCAUCGAAGACUGAAUGAUAUCUCUCAGACCAAGCAACUUGUCCAGGACAGUUGCAUAUUAAAUGAGGCAAAAACCAGGAACCUUGUAGCAAUGGAGACGAACAAGAAAGAACUGGAAGGAUUGAAGGAAGAGUUGGCCACUUUGCAAGAAAGAAUCCACAAAAAAGAGGUUGAGAUUGGCAUUUCUCAUUAUGAAAAUGAAAAGAUCAUGCAGUGUGUUGCAGAUUCGAAGGCCAAGUUGAACAGUUACCUCAAGAAGUCCUUAGUCCAUGACCUUCUUUGA